AUGCAUGAAUCUAAAAAGGUCCAAGAUAAAAUUGCGCAAUAUUUUACUCAUGCUAGACAUAGUAAUGUCAGUCCAAUUUAUGUAUCCCAAAGAUUCUUUGCAGUUCCUAAACCCAUCCAAGAAAAUGUUACCUAUAUUUCAAUACAUAGAGGAGGAGGAUAUUUUUAUAACAAACUUGCAGAAACUGAAGAUGUAUCAUUCAAAGCAUUACCUCCUUCUGAGAUUCCUGAUACAGAUGAAUUCAAUCCUGAAUGCUCUACUGUUAUAAUAUUUGAGGAUCUCAUGCAUGAAUCUAAAAAGGUCCAAGAUAAAAUUGCGCAAUAUUUUACUCAUGCUAGACAUAGUAAUGUCAGUCCAAUUUAUGUAUCCCAAAGAUUCUUUGCAGUUCCUAAACCCAUCCAAGAAAAUGUUACCUAUAUUUCAAUACAUAGAGGAGGAGGAUCCUUGUUUGAUCUCAAAAAUAUUCUGAAUCAUUAUUCAGAUCAUCUGGUACCAAUUAUAGAUGAUUUAACAAUGAAAAAAGAAUUUAUU